CCGUAUCCUGUACUGCUCAUUGGUAACUUACCGCAAAUUCUCUACUAUGGAUAUAAAUAUGGAGGAAUAGUUCCAGCAUUGAAAUAUUUCAAGAAGAAAUACGGUCCAGUAUUCACAAUUUGGAUAGGACCAAUGCCGUCCGUCCAUAUCGCUGACUACAAGCUCAGUCAUGAGGCUAUGGUUCACUAUGGCUCAAAUUAUCAGGAUCGAUGGUCUCCAGCUAUAAUGCGCGAAGCUCGAGGAGACCGCGGUGUAAUUGUGUCAAACGGUCGUAUAUGGCAAGAGCAGAGAAGGUUCUCUCUUCAAGUGCUAAGAAACUUUGGAAUGGGGAGAAAUCUCAUGGAAGAGCGAAUUAUGGAUGAAUUCAACCUG